CUCCUCCUUCUGCCUGCGCAACUUCUCCAAAAUCACGCCCGUGGGUGCGCGGGGAGGAGCGGCGCGUGCCGCGGUCAGGCAUCGCCCCCCGCGGCUUUUGGCUCCUGCCCCACGGGGAGCAAAACACGCACGGCAGGUCACGGCGGCUUUGAGCGCCUGAGUCCGCGCUCUGGGAGAAGGAGAUUAGAAAUAUGUAAGGCCAAAUUAUGUCAGUGCUGAUGCUCCUGGCAGCGUGGAGCUGCCACAGGUCCCACUGACAGCGAUGUAGAGGUGGUGCCAGCAGAGCCCGAGAAGCCCUGCAACAUGGAGGAGCUGUACAAGGAUGCCCCAAACCUGCCCAUGGAUGUCACCAACUCGCCCUCGGCAAUGGCCAACAACAAGCUGGAGAAUGGGGUGGCCCAGCUGAUCACAGCAGAGGCCUGGAACAUCAACUCGGCCGACCUGAUGAAGAAAGCCCUUUCCCCGCUGGUGACAGUUCCUGCACCCUCCAUCCUGACGCCUCCAGCCGAGUCGCAGAGUGGGGUGGCUCUGAAGGUGGCGGCCACUGUGCUGCAGCCCAUCUGCCUGGGGGACAGCCCUGUUGUCCUACCCAUCCACCUGCAGGUUGCCGGCAGCGCCGCCCCGCAGAUGCCAGCCACCAAUGCUGCCACCCCCUACGUCAUGACCACCCAGGGCCCCAUCCCGCUGCCCGUCCUCCUGGAGCAGCAUGUCUUCCAGCACCUGAACUCACCCCUGGUGCUGCCCCCGGGGGCUGCCUGCCCUGCCAGCCCCUUGCACACUGGCCUUUUCCCCGGCAACGCCACCCCUGUCGGGCAGCCCCAGCUCCUGGAUCCCAAGCCCUCUGGCCAAACUCAAGAGUCCGUCCUGCCCCCUGUCUUUCAGACACCGGGGUUUGCUGCCGUCCUUCAGGACCUGUUUCCAUCACAGGGUGCCCUGGGCUCUGCCCCCUGUCAGCCACCCCCUGACUACGCCACUCUCCCACCCCAGGCCUUCAGCUCACCCCUCUCCCCACUGGUGCCCCCUGCCACGCUGCUGGUGCCCUACCCCGUUAUUGUGCCCCUGCCUGUCCCUGUCCCCAUCCCCAUCCCUGUCCCCAUCCCUGUGCCCCACGGCACCGAGGCCAAGGCAGCCCCUGACCCACCCAAGCCACCACUCUUCACCCCUCACUCCUGCAAGGGCACCCAGACCCCCUUGGAGAAGGAGGAGACAAAGCCCUUUGAACUCCUCCACCCGCGAGAGUUUCCCCAGCUGAGCCGUCACACUGUCAUCAAGAUGGGUGGUGAGAAUGAGGCCUUGGACCUCUCCAUGAAAGGGCCGCCUGCGCUUCGGGCCAGCGAGGCCACGCUGCCGCCACCACCACCACCGCCAGAGGACGGGGCCCUGGACCUGUCCCUCGCCUCAUGUCGCAAGCCAGGGGGGCCCCAUGGGGAGCCGGCUGGCCCUGGCCCCACCACCACCACUGAGGGCAGUGCCCACCCCAUGCCGGACAAGCUUCCCGGCCCCGCUGCCCCCUUCGCCCCCUGCAAGCCCCCAGAGGCGGCAGGCAAGGCGGAGGGCAGGGCGCCGGGCGGCAGCACGGCCGAGCUGCUGCGGCAGCCACAGAAGUGGCUGGUGGAACAGGCGGGCAGGGCGGGCUGCGAGCCCAAGGCCGGCAACAACAUCGAAAUCGUCAGCACCUCGCAGACAGCCAAAGUCAUCGUCUCCGUCAAGGACGCCGUGCCCACCAUCUUCUGCGGCAAGAUCAAAGGCCUGUCGGGGGUCUCCACCAAAAACUUUUCCUUCAAAAGGGACCUGCCCCAGGACUCGGUGCUGCAGUGCUAUGAUGUGAAGAGCCCACCCGAGCCCAGGGACAGCGCCGAGGCCCUCAGGAAACCCAUCAAAAACAGGAGCGUAAAGCUAAAGAAAAUGAACUCACCGGAGAUACAUAUUCUUCCAAUCAAGAAGCAACGGCUCGCUGCCUUUUUUCCAAGAAAGUAAAUUAUGGGUUUUUAGAAUUUUAAGAUUAUUAUGAGAAGAAGAAAAAAAAUAAUAAAAAAGAUGCACUUGGUUUUAAACUCAUUUAAAACUUUAAACUAUCUUUGUAAGUUAUUUUUGGGGGAAGGGGGAGAGGAUCAGAUGUAGAGUCCCUAUAAGCUGGGCUGGUUUGUUUUUUUCCUUUUUUUUGUUACAAAUUUUGACUUUUCAUGGGAAACUGAAUAAAAAGCAACCUAUUUUUCAAGCAGAUUGCACAUUUUGCAGCUUUAAUGGAGUAAUGGAUGAGUCAGAGGGGUAAGAGCUAUUUUCACUGCCAUGAAGUGCUUUGAUGAUGUAAUUCUUCAUAACAGUCAGAAUGGAAAUUUCAAAAUAAAUGUUUGUACGUGCUAAUUGGUUGCGGCAUUUUUUUGUCAUUUUGGAAUGGCUUUCAGUCUACAGAGAAGGUUGUGCAAAAAAAGUCUGUAAACUGUAAAGCACCGCAACUGACUUGUGAUGAACCUAAAAUGUUAGGAAAAAAUAGCAGGCUAAGAAAAAUUAUAUUGUCCCGCAGCACUGUCGAAGAGCACGUCACAACAACUGCUAACGAUGCACCCAAACGAGCUACCAGAAGAGUGAGAGCAGCACAGCCUAGUGUGCACCUAAGCCAGGUUCAUUGCAAGAGACCCAUCAGAAACCAUCUUAAAUAUUAAGUAAUGUUAUCAGUCAUUUAAAACAGAAAAGCCUAAAAGUCAGGGGAAUUUGGUUGCCAGGGGGCAGGAAGGGAAGGAAAAAGAAAAUCCCAUAAUUUUUCCCAGCCUGACUACAGAUAUAUGGAAAAGUUGUUUAUUGUUAGUUUUCUAAGUUUCUUUGAUGGCUGAAAUCAAUGCACGAAAAGAGCAGAGCUGUGUAACUUUAUCACUCGGCAGUGUACAAGCCACCCACAUCAAUGGAGAAAUGUGAAUGUACAAUUAAAAUAAAAGUUCUGCUAGGUUACGGUUUUGCACUUGUGUAUGGAAAUGAGCUGGAAAUGCAUUACUGUCUAUUGGCUUUGAAGUUCACAUGGCUCACUUGUAAAAACCCAUCCUGACAAAUGUGAGAACAGGAGAACCCUGAAAGACAAAUGUGAGAGCAGGAGAACGAUCUUUGGUGGGCACUGCCUUUUUUGUGGCUAUACCUGUAGAAAAGAUUUUUUUAAAAUAAUUUCAAAUUGCAGUUCCCAGCACUGCACCAGGACUGUCUAAAUAAAAAAAGCCAUUGUAAACCCA